AUGACAAUAAGUUAUUGGACGAGUUACCUUGUGGUCCAACAGGUCCCUGAAGCACUUCGAUCUCUUCUGGAGCAGAUGCUCCUGGAAAUGCUCCUGGUGGUCCUGAAAAGAACCGAAAAGGAAGAAAAACCAAAACUAAUAGCCGGUCGAGGUGUUGCAAUCGUGUCCAAAGCCGAUAGCAGACGAAGAAAUCUUUCUGUCCCAAAUCCGACAUUCAUCACAAGAACGAAUAAUUGA